AUGUGCCGUUUGGCGUUAAGUGACCGUGCACUUGUACCGCUUCGUUGCUGCAAGAAAGAGAUGCCCGAAGACUACGUGCGGGAAGCACUGACGCGGCCUGGAGAUUAUACUAAGUACCAAACGCUCGUCAAGGAGAGAAACUGGAAGGUAUCAGAUCUUGAAUCGGAUACAGAGUAUACGGCAACAGUAGUUGCCGUAGGAGCCAAACAGUGCCCUGGGUGUGGCAUUGGCGUACAGCGUGACUUCGGAUGUGUUCACAUGACGUGCCCCAACGGUCAUCAAUUUUGCUACACGUGCCUACGGCGUUGGGGAUCCUGUCACUGCCCUCUGAUCCCGGAUGCUGAGCUGCGAGAGAUUCUUGGCGAGUGA